AUGGCGAAUAGAGUAAGAAGGAUGAUUCGUGAAGAAGUUGGGGAUGGAUACUUUUGUAUUCUUGUUGAUGAAGCACAAGCUGCAUCCAAGAGAGAACAAAUGGCUAUUAUUUUGAGGUUUGUGAAUGCUAAAGAAGUUGAUGUUAUUUGGGAGUUCUUUUCUCAUCUGGACAAUAUUAUCAACAUUAUCACUUCUUUCCCUAAGCGCUUUACGGAGUUACAAUCUACUCAAAGAAUUGAAAUUGAGCAUAUGUUAGCUAUCGGGGAGCGUGAGUCGGGAAGUGGAGCAAAUCAAGUGGGUAAUAUACAACGAUCAGGAGCAACUCAUUGUAGUUCUCAUUAUGACUCUAUAAAGAGCUUAAUAGAUAUGUAUAAUGCAACUUGCGCAGUGUUUGAAAAUCUUAGUGUUCAUUGUCCAAAUGGAAAAUCUCGAGGUGAAGUUCGUGGUACUUACGAACAUAUGAAAAGUUUUGAUUUCGUGUUUAGUUUGCAUUUAAUGCAUACCAUCAUGAGAAUAAUCGAUGUUCUUUGUCAAGCCCUUCAAAGGAAAUCUCAAGACAUUCUAACCGCUACGAGAUUCGUUUCUACUACAACAAAACUCCUCCACAAAUUAAGAGAUGAUGAUUGGGAAGAAUUUCUUGAGGAAGUGAAAAAGUUUUGCACAAAACAUGAUAUUGAGAUACCCGAUCUAGAAAGUUUAUAUAAAGUUGGUCCUUGCCGUUCUCGUGAUCCAAUUACAAUGAAACAUCAUUAUCACUUUGAUGUUUUCAAUGAAGCAAUAGAUUACGUAUUGAUGAAAUUAAAUACAAGAUUUAAUGAUACAUCAGUUGAACUUCUCACACUUAGUGCAGCGUUGGAUCCUAGGGAUUCAUUUGCAUCAUUUAACAGUCACGAUAUUUGUACACUUGCUGAGAAAUUCUAUCCUGAAGAUUUUCCAAAGGAAGAUAUUCGUAUUUUGGAAUAUGAGUUGCGACAAUAUGAGCUAGAUAUGAAGACUGAAUCUCGAUUUCAAGUAUCUACACUUGUUGAGUUAUGUCGAUAG